AUGACGUUCGAGGGCUCUGUAUCCCAACAUCUUCUUGUAUAUUUUUUUCCCCUUAGGUCUACAAGGAAGUCUUCACGAGGAGCAGUGAGAACUCAGCGUCGUCGACGUUCUAAGUCUCCUGUCCUUCAUCCUCCAAAGUUUAUACAUUGCAGUACAAUAGCAUCUUCUUCCAGCAGCCAACUCAAGCACAAAAGCCAGACUGACUCCCCUGAUGGCAGCAGUGGGCUGGGAAUUUCAACCCCUAAAGAGUUCAGUGCAGGAGAAAGCUCUACUUCUCUUGAUGCUAAUCACACAGGGGCAGUCCUUGAGCCUUUGAGAACUUCGGUUCCAAGGCUCCCAUCAGAGAGUAAGAAAGAAGACUCCUCUGACACUACCCAAGUCUCCCAAGCAAGUCUCAAAGCCAGCGAUCUCUCUGACUUUCGAUCCGUUUCCAAGCUAAACCAGGGCAAGCCAUGUGCAUGCAUAGGCAAGGAAUGCCAGUGUAAGAGGUGGCAUGAUAUGGAAGUGUAUUCCUUUUCAGGCCUGCAGAAUGUCCCUCCCCUGGCUCCAGAACGCACAUCAACGCUUGAGGACUACUCUCAGUCACUGCACACCAGAACUCUGUCUGGCUCUCCCCGCUCCUGUUCUGAGCAAGCUCGAGUCUAUGUGGAUGAUGUGACUAUUGAGGACCUAUCAGGCUACAUGGAGUAUUACUUGUAUAUUCCCAAGAAAAUGUCCCACAUGGCAGAAAUGAUGUACACCUGAUAGCAAGAAGCUAAUUCAUGUGCUUUAAACCAAUGAAGGGUUAUCAAAGAGAUUUAGUUAAUGGCAGACCUUGCGGCCACUUUUGUGUGAGAAGACAUCUCUUUCUGCUCACUGUGCUUGCAAUAAAAACUUUUCUUGGCAUCUCAGUUAAUCUUACCUUCAUUCUUUAAACUUAACUGAGUUCUUACAAUACCCAUCAAGGCAAGCAGAUCAAAGGAAAAUCCCUCUCAUUUAGAAGUGUUCCUGGGGGAUGAAGAAACCAUAAUUACUUGAGACUGACAGCAGUGGGUAUAUAGUAAACGCCUUUGUAAAACAGUGCAUUUUUCAGAUCUGUUCAAGAUUCGGUAGCCAAGGAAAAUCAAAUGUGGUUUUGUAACUAUAUUGAACAUUUGUUAUGCUGUAGUUGCCAGCUCAGAAUGUUAGAAGUUAUAAGACUGAUUUAAACCAUCUCUGAUUUAACACAAGAUUUAUUGUAUCUAUAAAGGUUUUUUAUGUUAUUGUUAAGCCAGAGAUCUAAGGUUUAGAUUCAAUUCGAAUAAACUAGCUGGCCUGCCCU